CUCCCCGUUCCGGUUGAAGUCCAUCUCGAACCCUCACAUCCCGACUUUUAUAUUACGGUGGCGCACAUAUGUUCGGCCAACGUUCCCUUAGAGCAUCGGGGCCUUUCUCGUCAUGUUCCCUAUUAAAAGGCUUGUUCAGAGUUCUGUCUGUUCCUCCGUUUUGCAACGUGCAUCAACUAUCAUCCCUUCUGGUCGUCUCGUCUUGCCACCCGAGUUCUCGUCCUUUGAGAUACUUUUUUUUUGGUUUGCUGUGUUUUGGUUCUCCCCUGCCACAUUUCAUGGUUACCAACCCUAUGAUGGUCCGCUUUGGUGCCUCAGGCCUCACCGCAACCUAAACCUAGCUCACGAAGGAUUUUCUCCACAAGUAUGGAAUGAUUGCUCUAUGGCAGCGAAAAAUAUAUCUCUGUUUGCGUGGCACGGUUACGAGGUUGCUUUUGGAUCCUACGAGUUCCUGCCAACUUCGUUCAGAAUUUCGAUGGAUGAUUUACGAUUCCCUGGGCACUAUGCUUCUCAUGGGACUCAAGGGCUCCGAAGAGUACAAGCGCGUGGUGGAGCAUGUUGCGAAGCAGACUUUCAGACGUCUGAAUCGUCAUUGCGAAUUACGAUGACCUAGUUUAUCUCUUUUGACUCUGAACGGCGAAAUCCCUUUCUUGAGACAAUUAUUCUCUACCCAGGCGGAUUGCUGUCUGCCUAUUGAUCGUCCGGAAACUCGGCACUCUUGGAGGAGGCCAACAAGGUGUCGCUGACCAACUUAUCACUGACAAUGGGACUCCUUGCGGGAAUUGCCACAUGCGCGAUGGAAUCAGAGUGCAUCAAACUGCUCGAAUGAGACAAAAUCUACAGGAAACGCAGACGAAGGAUGAGUUGUGGAGUAUAUCUUAUGGGGUGGGGAGUGGUAGCUUGGUUUUUACAUGGCG